AUGAGUCGAAGGAUCAUGUUCCUUCUCACCGGGAUAUCUGGCCAGGAAGACAUCCAUCUCUGGAUCGCUGUCCCCUUCUGCUUAAUUUAUGUUAUUUCACUAGUAGGAAAUUCAGGCAUUCUGUUCAUUAUAAAAACAGAUCCAAGCCUCCAUGAGCCCAUGUACAUUUUCCUUUCCAUGUUGGCCAUCACAGACCUUGGCAUAUCGAUAUCCUCCAUGCCGACGAUACUGGGCAUAUACUUGUUUAACUCUCGGAAGAUCAGCUUCAGUGCCUGUUUUGCCCAGAUAUUCUUCAUCCACUCGCUUUCAAAAACUGAGUCCUCCGUCCUCUUGCUGAUGGCCUUUGACCGCUUCAUCGCAAUCUGUAACCCGCUGAGAUAUUCUUCCAUCUUAAGCCUGCCAAGAAUAGGCAAAAUGGGACUGGUAUUUGCACUAAGAAAUUUGGUUCUAGUAUUCCCGCUCCCAUUUCUACUGAAAAGGUUCCGAUACUGUCGAGUCAAUGUCCUCUCUCAUUCCUUCUGCCUGCACCAGGAGGUCAUGAAGUUGGCUUGUUCAGAUAUCACAGUGAAUAGCAUCUACGGAUUGUAUAUUACACUCUUAAAAAUGGGGUUGGACUCGCUGCUCAUCUUCCUCUCUUACAUGAUGAUCCUCAAAACAGUGCUGAGCAUCACAUCCAAAGCAGGGCGCCUCAGGGCCCUGAACACCUGUGUCUCCCACCUCUGUGCCGUCCUGCUGUUCUAUUCAGCAGAGAUCGGCCUUGCUCUGAUACACAGAUUUGGAAACGGCUCAUAUCCCUUGCUUCAAACUGUCCUGGGCUAUAUCUCCCUGCUGCUCCCACCCCUGAUUAAUCCAAUCAUGUACAGUACACGAUCCAUUGUCUACACGAUGGAGUCUGGGAUCCUCAUAGCCAUGGCUUUUCACCGCUACAUGGCCAUCUGCAAUCCCCUAAGACAUUUCACCAUCCUGACACACCUAGCGGUGGCCAAGAUUGGCCCGGCCAUGGUGCUGCACAGCAGCAUGGUCGUACUGCCCUAUGUCUUGGUGUUAGGCCAGAAUGUGGAUCUGCACUUCCAUGUCCUCAUUGCCAACAUAUAUCUCCUGGUGCCCCCCAUGCUAAACCCCAUCAUCUACUGGGCGAAGACCAAAGAGAUCUGGGGCAGGCUGCUCCGACUCUCAUACACACACACACAGAGAUAA